AGUAGAAGCCCGGUGACCGUAACUUAGAAAUUGUUAUUUCUUAGAAAUUGCUAUUUUCUGAAUUUGAAAUUGUUAUUUUCCGGUGAUUUGCUAUCGUUAUUUUUCUUUCUAAAAUUAAAAACACGGUUUUUAAAUUGAGCAAAGAGAGAAUUUUUAUUUACAUGUGUUUAAAAGAGUGGAGUUAGGUAUCUGCAUUUUGGAAUUUUCCUUUUUAAAAAGUUGAUCAAAAAAUACUGGGACCAAAUGUCUGAAGAAAAACUUCCUGUAGUGUCUUCUAAUAAAAGUUUUCCUGGAUUUCUUAAAGAAACUAAUAGUGAGUGGAAUGGACCUUUCUGCUUCAUACAGGGCGCAGAUACACAACUAGGUAUGAUUGAGGAAUAUAUUGAAAAACGACCAAAUUAUGGCUGGGAACAAGAAAUGGAAUUGACAAGGAAAGCUAUUGUAGCUGUGAAUAAUUUAUCUCCAAAACCUCGGUUUUUUGUUGUUUGUGGUGAUCUUAUUCAUGCAAUGCCAGGUACUAGUUUACGCCUUCCUCAAGAAAAGGAUUUUAUUCGCCUUUUUAAAGAGCUCUCUCCUGAUAUUCCAUUAAUAUGUGUUUGUGGUAACCAUGAUGUGGGUAAUACUCCAACUCCUGAUUCAAUUCAACUCUAUCGAGAAAAGUUUGGAGAUGAUUAUUUCACUUUCUAUUGCUCUGGCGUGAUGUUUAUUGUGAUUAAUUCACAGUAUUUUGAAGAUGCUUCUCUUGUUCCUGCUUUGGCUGCAGAACAAGAGUCUUGGUUAGAAGCACAGUUAGAAGAAGCAAAAAAUGGGAAUUAUAAACAUGUAAUCAUAUUUCAACAUAUUCCAUGGUUUUUGGAAAAUCCUGAUGAAUCAAAAAUUUAUUUUAAUCUCCUUCCUGAAAUUCGUCAAAAGUGGCUUCCCAAAUUUCGAGAUGCCAAUGUAAAUGCUAUAUUUUGUGGCCAUUGGCACGGAAAUAGUGGAGGCUUCUAUCACAAUAUAGAACUGGUUGUGACUUCUGCCAUUGGUGCUCAAUUGCGUGGGGACAAAUCUGGAUUCAGAAUAGUUACUCUCGGUGAAGACAGCGUUCAGCACAAGUAUUAUGAUUUAGAUGAAGUGCCUCAACAUAUUGAUCUUUAAUAUUUACUAUGUUUAGCAUAGAAUGUUUAUUUUUAUACAACUAAAGAGGUUGUAAAGCUAUUGAAAUUUUAAUUUAAAAAUUUAGUUAUUUAAGCAUUUAAUUGAUGCCUAUGAAAAUAUAUUUUCUUAUUUUUAAUUAUAAACAUUAGAAAAAGAUUGAUAUUUUUUCUCUAGUGCAAUUUAAACAUGCUAAUUUAAGUGACAAAUGUGGAAUCUUUUACAACUACUAAAAAUAAAUGCUAUUUUUUUAUACUAUAAAAUUGAAAAAUUAUUGAAAGCUCUCAGAUAUUCUUAUUUUAUCUUUUAUUAGAUAUGUUACAGUUAUUCUUAAGUUCUAGUCUAUUGUUAGAAAGUAAUGUAUACUUAUAUACUUGACUAUAUAUUUUUUAUAUCUAUUUUGUUACAAAACAUUUUGUAUCUUUCAUUAUUUUCAAAUUUUAUGUUUUGUACCCAUGCAAUUUUUAGUUGAUCUUUAUUUCAAUGGUAGCUUAAAAAAUUUACUGUAAAUCAUGUUGCAUAGAUAUGUUAUAUGUUAAACAAAUGUUAUUUUUGUUAUAAAUAAUUCUUAUGUAAUGUUUAUUUUAUCAUUUACUUAUGUAUAAUUUAUGAAUUUGAACUUAAUUGAUACGUAUUUUGUUUUUACGGACAAAUAAUUUGUGUUUAUUAAAAUAUAUUAUUUGCUGAAA